AUGGUGGUUUCAACUGUGUUUGCUGCGAUUGGAAUUGUCGCCGCGGCUUAUUGCGGGUUUUAUCUCCUUCGUCCAUUUAUAACCUUCUUUCUGCUACGAUUCUGCCUCUCCAAACGGGCAGACCUGAAAAAAGCAGGCGAUUGGGCUAUUGUAACUGGGGCGACCGACGGCAUUGGCAAGGCGUUCGCCCACGAGUUGGCCCGUGAUGGGAUGAACGUUUUCCUUAUAAGCAGGUCAACUGAAAAACUGACCAAAGUGGCUAACGAGAUUGAGUCCCUUUUCAAGGUGAAGACCCAAAUUUUCACCGCCGACUUCACUACCGUAAGUUUUUUCUGUCGUUCCUACCCUUGCCGCUUAUUGCACCUUGUUCUGAGGCUUGGGUCAAAGACAACGUAGCUUUAUCCUCAUCAGCUGCUGUCUUUCAACAUAGUCAUGUAGUUAACAGUUCAUCAAGCCUGACCACGUUUGCAAUCAGUUCACGAGGCCAUUUGUGGCCUAUGCCUUCGCACUCAUGGUGCCUUGAACACGGAACCCCACAGUCAAUGUGCUAACUCAUGAAAUGUCAACCAAAAUUUCAAAAUGCGUUCUUGUUUCGAAAAGAUAAACUAAGUAGUGUUGUUAAACUAAUCAUGAUGCAGCCUAAAUCUAUAAUGAUUCAGUUACUUCAGGGUGUCGGCUUUCGGAAGAACUUAUUUUCGGCUGCAUGCAAGAUCUGUACUCUGCAAAAAAUGACUACUUAUGUAGUCUGCAAUUUUCUCAUUGAUUUUCGAUGCUCUUGAAAAUUUGAUUAUUUUUCAUGGAAAACAUGCAUAAAAAUAUUCAUUCUUUAUUUAUUCGGUAGAAAAUCACGUCUUCUUCCGAUUUCAUACUCAAAAAAAGAGUAUAAUUCGGUUUUAAAGAACUUUUCUAAUUCCCGAAUAAUUUUGAACCCGACCUGCUGUUACACUUGCAUUCAGGGUUUCAAAACUACAAGCUGUAUAUUUUCCGUGUACGGAAAACCAUGCGUUUCUCUACGGUGUUAAGAAGAGACCAAAUGAGAUUCAUAAAAUUAAGCAGUGGAUUUGAGCAAUAUUGUUUACUUUACAAGGCACAUUCGUAAAUGCAAAUACAUGACGUUUCAUGAACGGCCAUUUAACGGUAUUAAAAAGUCUCACGAUUAGAAACUUUUUUAAAACCGAAUUAUACUCUUCUUUUGAGUAUGAAAUCGGAAGAAGACGUGAUUUUCUACCGAAUAAAUAAAGAAUGAAUAUUUUUAUGCAUGCUUUCCAUGAAAUAUAAUUAAAUUUUCAAGGGCAUCGAAAAUCAAUGAGAAAAUUGCAGACUACAUAAGUAGUCAUUUUUUGCAGAGUACAGAUCUUGCAUGCAGCCGAAAAUAAGUUCUUCCGAAAGCUGGCACCCUGUGGUAACUGGAUCAUUAUGGAUUUAUGCUGCAUCAUGAUUAGUUUAACAGCACUACUUAGUUUAUCUUUUCGAAACGAGAACGUAUUUUGAAAUUUUGGUUGACAUUUCAUGAGUUAGCACAUCUACUGUAAUUCUGCCAAACAGUCUGACUUUGUCGGUAGCUCUUGGUUGUCUCGCCCAUGUGCUAAUCUGUGUGUCGUGUCACGCAUACGGGCGUUUAGUGCCUUAUCUUCCUCUUUUGGACCGACUUAUAUGGAACAUUGCAGUUCAGGGUCGUCGUGUCACAGACCCGUCAUUGGGCUUUGUAAUGUUUCGAAAAGUAGUUUAUGUGGAUGCAUCGAGUAGGCCGGCAAUGGAGCGCGUCCUCCGGAUCGUGCACACUUGGUCAUUACUCACGGUGCUUUCAGCGAACCCGGAUUUCGCAUAUUAGUCCGUCUCGAUGUGUUAUGCUCCCUCAAUAACUGGUUCUAGCAGCCACCUUUCCGCACACCUCGUUCAUUUGCCAUUUUGCCUGUGUGCCUGCGGCGUUGCUUAAUGCAUUGUUUUCCUCUUUUAGACCGACUUUUACGAUAGUUUACAGCGAAAAAUCGAAGAACUUUCUUCAGUCUCCAUUCUCAUCAACAACGUCGGCGUCUCGUACUCUCAUCCGGAUGCCCUAGCCACCUGCGAAGAGCUGACUCUCGAGAAACUGCAGGGUAUGAUUGUCUGCAACGUGACGUCAACAACCUGCAUGAGCCGCAUCACCUUACCAAAGAUGCUAAACUCGCCGCCACCGCACGGUGUCCACCGCUACAUUGUCAAUAUUUCGUCAAUUUCAGGUCGAAUCGGCAGCCCUUACCUUUCUGUCUACAGUGGUACCAAGGCCUUUAUAAAUAACUUUACCGCCUCGUUAGCUGGUGAAUUGGUAGGAACCUGUGUUAAGGUACAGACUAUUACGCCCGGCAUUGUGAUUACGGCUAUGAUAUCUGUUACGCGCCCGGGUUUCUUUGCACCCCAGCCUUCCGCUUUUGCUUCGUCAGCGCUCUCCAUGUUGGGUGUGGGAAGCGAGAAUUGCGGCUACUUUGCUCAUGAACUGCUCCUAACUGCCUAUCUUGCCGUCCCCGAGUGGCUGUUCAGUGCAAAAUUCUCACGUCAUAUGCUGGCAAUUCGAGAAGUGUACUACAAGCGUCAAAAAUCGAAGGAUUUGUAA